AAUCGGAAUAAAUUGUCUCAAAUUUACAAAAAUUACCAAUUGUCAUUGGUAAAGAGAUAUAUAUAUUGUAAAUACUUACAAGAUGUCUCACCAUGAUAUCAUUGAAUUGACCGCUGAAGAAAGAAGGCUUGCUGAGGACAAGAAAAGAGAAAAGUAUUGGAAACAUUGGGGUCCUUAUUUAGGAGAAAGACAAUGGGCCACCGUUCGUGAAGAUUAUUCACAUGAUGGUGAUGCUUGGUCUGACUUUCCAUUUGAACACUCCAAGUCGAGAACUUAUCGUUGGGGUGAAGAUGGGUUAGCUGGUGUAUCUGAUACCCAUCAAUUGAUCUGCUUAUCUCUUGGACUUUGGAAUAGUAAGGAUGAUAUUCUCAAGGAGAAACUUUUUGGUGUCACUAAUUCUCAAGGUAAUCAUGGGGAAGAUGUCAAGGAGCAAUAUUACUAUCUUGAUAACACUCCAUCGCACGCUUACAUGAAGUAUUUGUACAAGUACCCUCAAGGGAAGUUCCCUUACAAGGAAUUAAUCGAAGAGAAUGGGAAGAGAUCUCGUUUGGAACAAGAAUAUGAGAUUACUGACACUGGACUUUUCGAUGAGAAUAAGUACUUUGAUGUUGUUUUUGAAAUGGCUAAAAGUGAUGAUGAUCCUGAAGAGUUACUUUUCAGAAUUACCGCUUACAAUAGAAGUGAUUCCCCGGCUCCAUUGGACAUUUUGCCACAUGUUGUUUUCCGUAACACUUGGGCUUGGGGUACUGAAGAGUUUAAGAACAAAAACAAACCUAAUAUGUCCCAAAACAGUAGCAACACCAUUAAAAUUGAUCAUCAACGUUUUGGUGAGAGAUAUGUUAUCUUUGCACCCGCUCCUGGUGCACAUGAAGAUUCACCUGAUAUUGAACCAACUUUACUUUUUACUGAGAAUGAAACAAAUACUGAAAGAUUGUAUGGACAAGAGAACAAGCUGAAGUAUGUAAAAGAUGCGUUCCAUGAUUUCGUCAUUGAAGACAAUAAGGAGGCAACUAACCCUGAAAAUAAUGGUACCAAGGCUUGCGCAUGGUUCCACUUUGAUGAAGUUCCUGCUGGAGAUUAUGUGACAAUUCGUUAUAAAAUGACUAAAAGAGUUGAAGAAAUUGAUGAAUUUGAAUUUGACAAGGUUUUUGCUAGACGUCAAGAUGAAGCUGAUGCCUUUUAUUGGAAGAUUUCUCCAUUACCAAUCAGUGAUGAUUUAAGACAAGUUCAACGUCAAGCAUUCGCAGGUCUUCUUUGGACAAAGCAAUUCUAUCACUUUGUUCACAAUUAUUGGUCACAUGGUGAUAAAAACACCCCUAGACCACCAAUGAAUAGAGCAGGAGGAAGAAACAAAGAUUGGAAGCAUUUAUACAUUGAUGACAUUUUGUCCUUACCAGACAAGUGGGAAUAUCCCUUUUUUGCAGCCUGGGAUACAGCAUUUCAUUGUAUUCCAUUAGCUAUGAUUGAUCCAGAUUUUGCAAAGAAACAAAUUGAUUUAUUGACUAGGGAAUGGUAUAUGCAUCCAAAUGGUCAAAUUCCAGCUUAUGAAUGGAACUUCUCGGAUGUUAACCCACCAGUACAUGCUUGGGCAACAUUUAGAAUCUUUAAAAUCGAGAGAAAAAUGUACGGUACUGAAGAUUUAGAUUUCCUUGAAGCUGUUUUCCAGAAAUUACUUUUAAACUUUACAUGGUGGGUAAAUAGAAAGGAUUUCGAUGGUAACAAUGUUUUUGAAGGUGGGUUUUUAGGUUUAGAUAACAUUGGUAUUUUCAACAGAUCAGAACCUUUACCAACUGGUGGUAACCUUGAACAAGCAGACUCUACAGGUUGGAUGGCAUUCUUUUCUUUGCAAAUGUUAAAUAUUGCUUUAGAAUUAGCCAAAACAAGACCUGUUUAUGAAAACAUUGCCUCAAAGUUUUUUGAACAUUUCAUUUUGAUUGCAGAUGCUAUGACAUUCCGUGGAGCCGGAACUGGUGACACUGAAGCCACUGAAAGAUCUUUGUGGGAUGAAGAUGACAAGUUCUACUAUGAUGCUAUCAGUUUUGGAAACAAGGCUGAAAGUUUACCUGUAAGAUCUUUAGUCGGGUUAAUUCCACUUUAUGCUUCUUUAACAUUGGAACCGGAAUUGUUAGAUAAGUAUCCUUCGUUUAAGAAAAGAUUAGAAUGGUUUAUUGAAAACAGAAAAUCAGUGGCCCAGCGUAACAUCGCUUCCAUGGAAUCCAGAGGGGUGGGAGAACGUUUACUUUUAGCUUUGGUUGAUAAAGAGAGAUUAGUUUCCAUCCUUGAGAGAAUGUUGGAUGAAGAUGAAUUCCUCUCCCCUUACGGGAUUAGAUCUUUGUCGAAGUAUCACGAAAAGAACCCCUUUACCAUGGAAGUUAAUGGUCAAGAAUAUAAGGUUGAGUAUUUACCAGGGGAAUCUGAUUCAGGUAUGUUUGGAGGAAAUUCUAAUUGGAGAGGCCCAAUCUGGUUCCCAGUAAACUUCCUUUUAGUCGAAGCUUUACAAAGAUUUUAUUUGUACUACGGUCCAGAUGUUAAGGUUGAAUGCCCAAAGGGAUCUGGUGACUAUCUUAACUUGGCACAAUGUGCACAGGAAAUCCAACAUCGGUUGAUGCAUUUGUUCCUUCCUGACGAAGAUGGAAAUAGAGCUUGUAAUGGUGAAAAUAAGUUGCUUAACCAAGAUGAAUUAUUUAAGGACUACGUCCCAUUCUACGAAUACUUUGAUGGUGAUACUGGUCGUGGAUUAGGAGCUUCUCACCAAUGUGGUUGGACAGCAAUUGUUGCUAAAUGGAUUCACGACAAUGGUACAUCAUGCAGAAUUCCAAAGACUCCUAGAACACCUCGGACUCCUCGCUCAUCAGUAUUCUUACAUAACUCUUCUAAAGAAAAUAAAGAUGAGCUUGCCAACGAUGAUCUGGAUAUUCAAUCAUUUGUUCCAAAAUCGGGCCCAUUCCCAGGUAGAUUAAUGAGAAGAAAAUCCGGAAAAUCGUUAUUGAAUUUGACUAUUAAUUCUCUUGAUUUGAAUGAACAAGAUGAAGAAAGGGGUAUUGAAACACCAAAUCUCAAUAAUGGUAUCAAUGUUACUCAUAAGACACUUGAAGGUGACUUAUCCGAAUUAUCACCAUCUCAAUCUCAAGGAUCUGCUGCUGAUCAAAAUUCUGCUAUUGAUGAAAACUUGCUUCAACAGAUCAAGUCUGCUUUUAAGAAAUACAGAUUGAACAAAGAAGAAGAUGUUGGAGAUGAAUUUGAAGCCAGACAUUAACACUUGGUUUCGCAUAUUUUUUUUCGCAGCCAUUCUUAAAAGCUGUUUCAGCUGUCAUGCUCUUUGAUGCUAUGUUUUUGGAUAGAUUUUUAUAUACUUUUACCGAUAUAAAUAUGAAUAAAUAAAUUAUAAUCUUUUAAUUCU